AUGACGCGACUUGCAUACCUGGAAACCAAGGCUGAGGACCUGGAGAACCACGGCCGACGGAAGAAUCUGCGACUGUUUGGUCUCCGCGAGGAGGCAGAUGGAGGCCAGCUGCUGACGGAGUUCAUACAAUCCAUGCUACUGAAAUGGCUGGAGCUGGGCACCAGGAGAUCCUUCGUACUAGAGCGAGCUCAUCACACCCUAGCUCCGCUGAAACCAGACCAGGGCAGAGCGGUCCUGAUCCGAUUCUCACAGCUUCAAGACCGGGAGUUGGUUUUCCGCUCCGCUAAGCAGCGAAGCAAACUUUUCUUCGCCCAGGAUCUCUCAGCUGAAACAGUGAGACAGCGCAGCGCCUUCAACGCCGUCAGGAAGAAAUUCACGGAUAAAGGAAUGAUCCGCGGUUUUCAGUUCAACCCAUGCCGAAUGAGGGUCCUCCACAACGAGACAGUUAAAAACCUACGCCCCUCAGUGGCUUGUGCAGCCAUGGACACCAUCCGCUGUCUUUAUGUCCACCUACAGAAGGGCAUGGACACUGAGGCAAAUUGGACAGGUCAGGCUCUGCUGCUGAAAAUCUCACAGGCGUGUGGAAAUGCCUUUCUCCAGCAGCAGGCCAGUGAGGCCUUGGAGGCUCUGGUGCAGAAUUGCAGCCCUGGUCGAGUGCUGCCUGUUCUGCUGAAUACAGGGCAGAGCCACCUGAGCCCUGCAGUAAGAGCCAGCACUGCUCGUCUGCUCCACCUGCUGGCUGACAGACUGGGAGCGACUAAAGUCCUGACAGCAAGGCAGAGCUUCACCCAGCGCUUCCUCACUGCUGUCAGUAAGAUGUCUCUGGAUGCUGCUGCUGAAGUCAGGCCUCAUGGACGUGCCAUCCUUCAGAAACUGGCCCUCCACAGGGACUUCAUGAAGCUGUGGCAGAAAAAUGUGGCGGAAAAAGAUCGCCACUCACUGGAGAAGGUCCUGAGGAAUGUGGUGAAGAAUAUCAAAAUCCAUAUAUGAAUCCAGGGUGUUGUUCACCACACAGGACAACAAGA